ACAUUUUUAUUUAUUUAUACUUUUUCCGCCCAGCAUGCAUCAUUCCUUGCUUUGCUAACAUUCGAAAUCAAAAUGGCUGAUUACGAUGAUCAGAUUUCCGACGGCGAAAAGCUGAAGAUAAUAUCAAAUUUCAUCAUACAUGCUCCUCCUGGAGAGUUCAAUGAAGUUUUCAAUGACGUUCGUAUAUUACUGAAUGAGGACCAGUUACUUCGGACAGGAGCUUCUGGGGCGUUUGCUAAAUACAACAAAGACCAGUUCACUCCUUGCCGGAUAGAAGGCAGUGAAGAACAAGUUUUGAUUACUGAAUAUGGUGACUUGGGUGCAGGAAGAUUUUUGGAUCCUCGAACAAAGACCACCUUUAAAUAUGACCAUUUGCGGAAAGAAGCCAGUGACUUCCAACCUGCUGAAAUUGAUAAGGUAGCUGAACCGUGGCGUUCUGCUAUAGAAUCUUCAUUUACUCCCUAUGUACAUAACCACUACAAAUAUGGCGUCACUUCUGUCUAUGGUAGCCACACUGAUGGCAAUAUCACCAUCAUUGCUUGUGUGGAAAGCCAUCAAUUCCAACCCAAGAACUUUUGGAAUGGGCGCUGGCGCUCUCAGUGGACUGUCACCUUUAAUGAGAAUGGCGGUAAAGUUGACUUGAUAGGUCUUCUCAAAGUGCAGGUCCACUAUUAUGAAGAUGGUAAUGUACAGCUUGUUAGCUCCAAAGAUGUUAACUUAACUUUAAAUGUUACCAAAGAAGAAGCAUUGGCCAAGGAAUUUACACAACUGGUUUCAGAGGCAGAGAAUGAGUAUCAAAAAGCCAUAUCUGAAAACUACCAAACUAUGUCUGACACCACCUUUAAAGCUCUCAGACGACAACUUCCUGUGACCCGCAGCAAAAUUGACUGGAACAAACUGAUCAGUUACAAAAUUGGGAGUGAACUGAAGAGCCCUUGAAAGGGUUUUUCUGUUUUAGGUGGUCUUUAUUCUUUUUUUUUUUUUUUUUUUUUUUU